AUGUGUGUGUGUGAGUGAGUGUGUGUGUGUGUGUUGGGGAGUGGGAGGAGAAAAAGCAAAACUCCCUUUGCGUUUUAGAGAAGUUGCAUUUCGAAGCAUGUGAAUGAAUGUGAUGUCGGUGUGAUGUGGAAACUCUGUGAGCCACGAUCCAGUCGCAGUCUGAGAGCGUUUCAAACCCUGGAGGAUUGAUUUAUUGAUUGACUGACUGACUGACUGACUGACUGAUUCAUUGAUUGAUUGAUUGAUUGAUUGACAGGAGACGACAGCUGGACCAUGGCAGCUCAGGGACACCAAAAUGGAUGGAACGUGCUCAUCCUGUUUGCAAACGAUGCUGAUGAGUGGAGCGAAUAUCUCAAUGGCCUGCUCUCCUCAUCUGGUUGCUUUUCUGUUUCAACCUAUCUUCUCAAGGAGGAUACUUCCUUAUCGCGCCAAGACUAUCAUGACUUUGAGAGAUCCAAAUGCAUCCUGAUUCUGUUGUCAGAACAGCUUCAGGAGGUGAUGCCCAACGUACAAAGUGCGCUGCAGAGUAUGUUGCAACCUGCCCACAAAGUGGUGGUGCUUCUUUGUGGUGUGACCGACUCAGAAGAACUGAGGACUUUGUUCAGUGACUCGGACCAAUGGAGAUGCAUCUCUUGCGAGGAUGAACCAGAUGUCUAUAUUACGGCUGUGAAGGAGGCCAUCAAUGAAGGUUACAGUAAAGACUCUGGAUGUGAUACUGCAGCUGACACCGAACCCGAACUUGAUCCACACCACAAAACACGGACUAAUGUAACAGAGCGGUCAAGGGAACAUUGUUUGGCAUCUUCAGGGGAGACCGAAGAAUUCACAGUAAAAGUAUUGCCUGACAGGAUCCAGUGCGGGGUCGCAACGCAAAUUUUUAUUGUUAUGAAGAUCAAAUUGGACUACGAAGUGAAAAGUGAACUAGAAUUUACAUUGAAAAACCAACCCUCUGUACGGAUACCAGCUGUACUCAUCAAUGAGUACACCAUGGCUGCACAAGCUCCAGAUUUGCCUCCUGGAUCUGUUUCACUCAGCAUUUACUCAGGAAAUCUGAAAGUAAGUUUUGCCACAAUAACCUACUACACUGACAUGGAGGAAAUUCAGAAUAUUCUGCAGAAAGCUACUAACCCUGUGGAGUUCAUGUGCCAGGCAUUCCAUAUUAUACCAUAUAACACAGAAAAACUGGAUAAGUUACUGACGGAGUCACUGCGGAAGAAUAUCCCAGCAAAUGGACUGCACGUCUUUGGAAUAAGCCAGUUGGAGGAGGAGAAUAUGUCUGCAGCUCAACGAGAUGAAGAGCUACCAACAUUACUUCACUUUGCUGCCAAGUACGGUUUGAAAAACCUGACUGCUCUGCUGCUGCAGUGUCCUGGGGCCCUGCAGGCCUACAGCGUGGCCAACCGGAACGGAGACUAUCCAAACAGCCUGGCCGAACGCAGCGGCUACAGGGACCUCAGGCAGUUCAUAGAUGAAUAUGUGGAGACAGCAGACCUGCUGAAGACUCACAUUGAGGAGGAACUGUGGGGGAACACACAGAGCGCUGAGGAUGAGGACUUAUAUGAGUCCAUGGCGACAGCUAACCGAUUGAUGAAAUGCAGUUUAAAUCCAGGCUGUGAUGAGGAUAUAUACGAGUCCAUGAUUGGAAUGCUUCCCUCAGCAGGGGUAACAGAGAGCACAUACGAGUCAAUGCAUAAACUAAGUGGGGGUAAACAGCCAUCUCUGCAUCAACCAGAUUGCUUUGUUCCAACCAGCACAGACACCAUAUUGAGAAAGUUUCUAGAAGGGAAUAUACAUGAAGCAUGUGAAGAUCCUUAUAAGAUGGGAAGCCAUGACCAUUACGAUACUGGAAUGAAAGCUAGCUAUCCUCAAGAGAUUGUGAACAGACCUCCAGCUACGAUCCCCAGGCCUAGCCUACCCUCCGAUAUGAUGGAACCCUACAUUUCUAAAGUGUUCAGCAGUAAGGAAGAGAGGAGAUCGGAGAACAUCUACGUCACUAAAUUACCCUCAACUCCGGCAGCACAGGCGAAGCAAGGGCCUGUAACCUUGCCAAAACGUGAGAUGUUGAAGGCUGUGUCAAGUGACUAUGAUCCUUUUGCGGGGAUGAUGACACCAGGCCAGAGGCAGCUGAUCACCCUGCAGGAGCAAGUGAAACUGCAGAUGAUUUCUGUGGACGAAGCUCUGGUUCAGUUCAAAGAGUGGCAGCUCCACCAGAAGAGGAGGUCAGACUCGUUCCGAUUCCAGCAAGAAAACCUGAAGAAGCUACGGGACAGCAUCACACGGAGACAGAAGGAGAAGGGAAAGUCUGGAGUACUUGGAGAGCUGCAGAUCUCUCUCCCCACUGGGCAAUCAAACAUGCAACAGGGUCUAGAAUGCGGAGUUUAUGAAGCCAAUGCUAGAAUGAUCCCGCUCAGUCCAGCUCGGGUGCCGAUACAACGCAGAAAUUGGACCACAGCCAGCACAUCAAGCACAACAAGCAGCGCCAGCAGCCGGUCCAGCACUCGCAGCACUUGGAGCAGUGGAGCCGAAGCCGACAACGAGGACAAUGAACAAACAGACAGCAGUGGUCUGCGACGUUCAUUGAACCGGGACCGACCUCCCACUUUACCUCCACCUCGCGUCCCACCCCGCAUCCCAGCCAGAUCUUCACCUCAAACUGAAAAGCCACGGUUUGCCCCUCCAGUGCCUCCUAGAGGCCGAUAGUCAAACUGCAGGCAGUGUGGGACCUGCUUCUAGUUUAGUGAUUUAAGCACUCGACAAACUCUUGCCUACAGUGGAGCCUGUGGUGCGCUGGGAGUAUGACAUCUCUCCAUCGCUUGUCGUGUCUGUUGUGUUUUCCCAGUGGUGACAGCCACACCGAGUGAGGUGUUGCUGAGGAGGACACAGCAGGUCUAUUUAUUCUAACUCAGGUUAGGUUGUAUUGGAGCCACGUAGGAACGGGGUGAGGUCAUUCAGCACAUCCAGCCUGUUCCACCAUCUACAUUUGAUAUUGGUACCUCUUUUAAUCCUAAUUCCCCACCCUUCAGUCACCUGUAAAAUGUGGAUACCAAGUAGCAAGCAACCACACCUACUCAAGUUUAUAAAUACUGGGUUUAGGGCAAAGAGAAAUCCCAUGGAAAACACCUAUAUUGCCAGAUCAUCAUGCAUUUCUUUCUGGCCUGCAUUCACUCCCCCAUGAAACACACUGCUUGCAUUUCUCCGCCUUCCCCACCCCCAUCCCUCCACUCUGGCCUUCCCCCCCUCCCUUCCUCGAAGACGACAACAACAACAAAAUGACAUUCAUAUAGCGCCUUUCACGUCGGGAGGACGUCCCAAGGCGCUGGACAGACAAAGUUACAAGCCUGUGGUUCCUCAGCCCACAUUCCCUCACGUUAACACAGGGCAAGUUAGAUGAAGAGAAGAUUCUGUAUAGCACACAUCUCUCUCUGGCUCUUAUUAUCACAAACUGAUAAAUUGGUUCCUUCUUCUACAUAUAAUCCCAUUGCUAUCCUCUGUACAGCUUAAAAAAAAAGGACACUUUAUUUCUAAACAAUGGUGUAGUGACCUCUCACUUAAAUAGCUGAGUUCUUGCAAUACAAAAUAGAUUUGAAAUAGAUGGGUUUGAAAGAUAAAUGUUCUUCUGUUGUCUUCAUUGUGACAUUGAAUCAGACAGACCAAGAAACUCCAGGUUCAAUCCUGCUUUGGACCGGGUUAUCUGAUCUUAGCCAGGACAGCAGUUGGGAUGACAGUUGGCUUCGGCACCCCUGGGUCAGGGAGGAGAAAAUCAGCCAGGGCUCCGGCUCCUGGUCACUUUCCAGAGACCCUCCCCCUGCUCCCACAGGGAGAAUGUUGGAUAGGGAACUGCAAUGGUCUGAGCUGACGCUCAUUAUCUGAGCUGGCACGGAAAGAAUGACUAUUCGGGGCGAGAGGUGGGCAAGCGUCUGGUUACUUGUGGUGCUGUAGCCGAGCAGAAACCAAUGCUUCCAGGAGAGAGGAGAAAGCUGGAGUUAAAGUUCCAUGAUAUGAAUAAACAGACAAUUACCAUUCUAGUGAGGAAAACCCACUGCAGUUUUACAGUGUCCGAACACAGUACUGAGGAACUGUGGAGUCCUGUAGGGUAGUGAUUAGAGCACGCGAGAGGA